GCUGGGACUGCGUCAUGUCGGCUGCAGGGAGUUCAGAAUGGUUUGUGUAGAUAUCAGGAGUAAGAAAAUCUGAAAGAUGAUUGUUACAACAUGGAGAAGAAAUCCUAUGACAUCAAAACAGAUCUUAUACAAAAGUUGAUUCCCCCAGUCUUGUUUCUGCUUCUGAUUGUACUGCUUGUGAACCUGUUCCUUUAUCAAUACUUUAGUCAUGUAUAUUUUUCCUAUGGGCAGGCCAACAUUGAACACAAUUUCUGUCCACAUGGAUAUUUCAAAUUAGGAAUCCUGAAGAACUGUUCACCAUGGUUGUCCUGUGAGACCAUGAAAAGAGAAGUCCGCAAACUGAAACGCGUUGGUGAAGGGGCUGUGAAAAGGGUCUUCCUUUCUGAAUGGAAGGAAAAUAAAGUUGCUCUUUCCCAGCUAACUAUGCCGGAGUUACAAGAGGACUUUAUUCAUGGGCUUCAGAUGCUGAAAUUUCUACAAAGCAAGUAUGUGGUCAAACUGCUUGGAUAUUGUGAGGAGGAGUUCAUGGUCCUUACAGAGUACCAUCCAUUCGGGUCCCUGAAGAAUCUGAAUGAGAUCCUGAAUCUUCCAAAAUACAAGAACUCUAACACAUGGUAUAACAGGUUCCUGCUUGCUAUAGAUUAUGUGAGCAUCAUCCAUUACCUGCACAACAGUCCCCUGGGCACUUUUGUAAUGUGUGACUCUAGUGACUUGGAUAAAGUACUUUCACAGUACUUACUGACAAGCAGUUUCCAUGUUGUUGUGAAUGAUUUGGACGCUUUGCCUCUUGUGAACAAGAGUGCUGGUCAGUUGAUCAAGUGUGGCCAUCGAGAGCUGCAGGGUGAAUUUGUUGCUCCUGAACAACUUUGGCCUUACGGAAGAGGAACGCCUUUUGAAGAUAGCCUCAUGCCUCCAUAUGAUGAAAUGACAGACAUAUGGAAAAUCCCUGAUGUUUCCAACUUUCUCCUGGGAGAAGUUGAUGGGAGUGAUCUUGUCAGAUUUCACCUCUUUGACAUCCAUCUGGCAUGUAAGAAAAGCCCAGCUGAAAGACCUUCUGCUCAAAUGAUUUUGGACACAUAUAGGAAAGUACUAGCAUCACUUGUUAGAGAAACAGUCACGCCAAGAACGAGGGACAUGUUAUAAAAAAAUACCAAUGGACAUAUUUUGGUAUCUGGAUAUGGCUAGCAUCCGUUGUUACUUGACUCUUUUUCCUGAUUUGAAUAGUAGCAACAAUAGUUGUAAACUGCCCAGAGAGCUUCUGCUAUGGGGUGGUAUAGAAAUGAAAUAAUAAUUAAUUAAUUAAUUACACGGGGCUGGUUGAAGCAUAAACAUAAGUGGUGAAACUCUAAAAUGUUUUCUUAAAGAUGUCUCUGACACAUUUUAGAGAGAAUGGGAGAAAAGUGGUACGUCCUCUGUUUGGAAAACUCAGAUUUUUGAAUGGAUAUUUCUUUAAUCAACUUGACACAGGCUUGUUGAAAUAAUAGAGGUAACUAAAUUUUUUGACAGAAGUAAUUCAAGUAGUUCUUGUUCAUUCUUACCAUAGUGUGAAAUAAUUGUUUACUGUGCUUCUCUCUUGUAGCAUUUUUUUAACCAAGGAUCCCCAUCUCUUCCAUCCAGCAACGUGGAACAGAAAAUUUCUCAGAAUAGAAAAGUCCCUGGUGCUUAAUUUUUCCAUGGGAAAUUUUCUAUUUCAUAAGUUCAGUAGUAACAAUGAAAGGUCACCAAUUGCAAAUACAAUAAUAGACAAGUUUGGCAGUUUCAAAGUUGUAGAUGAGUGGUUGUCAGCAUAUCCUGUAUAGUUCUUUAGUUUACUAAAAUUUAUUAGUGUGUCAACAGUUUUCUUUUUUUUCUGACAUGAAAAGAAUAUAAAGGAAGUACAUGCUAUUAUCUUUACAAGUAUUUUAAUAAAAAGUUCUAAACAAUAUAA